GGCCUCGCAAGCGUCAGAAGAUUGACGUUGAAGUUGUUGUACGCUCCCCAGACAGGAACGGUAACUCUACGAGCGCGUCGAGUGCAGCGGUUCGAAAAGGCAGCUAUGACCAUGACACCGUUUCUACGCACUCCCCAUCUAAGCCGUCUACACGCUCAACUACACCUUCUAAGGAGCGUGUCUCAGGCACAACCACCCCUCCGCGAAGACCACUCGCCCGGUCGGCCACCAUUACCGACGAGAGCCCCCAUGUUACAAAGGACCUCUCCGAACUGUUCUUGUUCGCAGGUGCCCCAACCUCAACCAGUGGGCCAUCACGUGUGGCCCCCAAGGCUCAAACCGGAGUCGCACGCCGCAUGCUUGCUCGAUCUCGGACGGAGGGGAGCGUCAUUAGCAUUAGCAGUACCAGCGAACCUGGUAGUGCAGACGUUUCCUCCGUAAAUGUCACCCCACAGAAGCUUCGCACUUUCCGCUCGGACAGCCUCCUUGACUCGCCGUCCGGUCGAGCGUCCAGUCUGUCCCCCUCGAAAGCACGACCACCAGACGACAUCUCCUCUCCCCCUAUCCGCCCGGCACUUACCAACACGAACGUCCGCACGUAUGCGGGCAAAUCGCGUUCAUUCUUGGUCGCGCUACCGCAGUCGCAGGCGGGCACACUUGGUCUGGAGUCGCAUUCGCAGGGCCUCAUUGACGACACUGGGACGAUGUAUGGAGAGAGCCAAGAGGAUGACUUCGAGAUGCGGGAGUCGUACACGGAGCUCAGGGAACGAUGGGGUGUGGACGCGUCUGAAGAUGACCCGCGACCGCUCUCCCCUGUUCAGGCUUCCCCGUCCCCGAAAGGAAAAGGCAAGAAGCGGAAGGGCCUGAGAGAAGAGCCACCGGCUAGAUUGCUUCCAAACGGGAUGAUGAACGACUUGAAGAGCAUCACUGAGCUGAGGAGUAAGGGGGAGAGCAGAAGGUUCCUCGACGAAGUGGGAUACUUAUUUGAGGGGCUGGACGCGACAUGUACGCUGGGCGUCAGGCGGGGCAGUGCCUUGGAGAUCGUCACCAAGCUGUGUGAUAUUGAGUUUGCGCGACGAGCGAAAGCUGCCGAUUUCCUGGGCCGUGCGUGGGAGGUGCUCAGAGAUGCGGGCGCAGGAAGUGGAGAUAAGGUACUAGACUCCAUUUUGGUGUUUUAUGCUGCGCUGGUUGCGAGGGACCCAACGGACCUCUUGGAGUUAGCCUCGAAGUCCGACUUUGCGUCAACCCUGCAUCGACUCCUGAGCUCUCUUGACCGCUCGAAUGACCCGCUAUGGCUCAUCUCAGAAAAUGCUGGCCCUGCUGAACUCAAGGCUGCCGGUAUCUCGAAAGGAGAGAUCACGUUGUUAAGCAGCCUUCAUCGGCUGGUACGAAAGAAAUCAGGUCUCCUCGAAGACAUCGAUACGGUCUCCAACCGUUUGCUUAUAUCUCAGGCGUUGGUGAUCGUCUCGCCUUCGGCACAUAAUCUGUCGCAUCUUCCUGCUCUGCUGCAUAGUCUCUCCGCAGAGAUCAAACCCCUUCCUUCUCGGGCGAGCGCAUACAUCUCUGGCCUGUCCUUGUUCCCGCCGUCCAGCCCCACAUCUUAUAUGGACACCCCGUCAUUGCUUCAUCUGGACAAUUGCUUGCGCUUGCUGGACUCCUGCCUCCUAGGAUCGUGGUCUAUCCUUUCCGAGGAGCUGCCUGCGCAAACCUCUCAACUCGACGAACUCCGCGAACACGAUUUUGCUGAGGCUCUAAUAGUCUUAUGUAUAACCUGUGGUAUCAUCCUGCUCGACAGUGAACUCGAGGAUCAUCGGCCGGUCGCCAGCAAGUGCAUGGAGUCGGCUCUCCGCGUUCUCAUCAACCUUACCCACGACGAUCUACAGUGGUGUCACGCAGUCCUCGACGACGAGCUCGCUAUGACUGCGAUCAUGCAUCUCAUCGUCAUGGCGCAACAACAACGCAGACUAUUGGAGAAACAGGCGGAAGCCGAUGAGGCUGACGACGACGAUGGCGCCAACGCAGCACGAUGUCUUGACCGCAUGUGCCUGGCGCUGGGGUUGCUAACCAACCUUGUGCAAGCCACCCCUGACACCAAGACGAUCAUGAACGAGACGCUACUCGAUUUCGAUUGUCCUGGUAAACGUGGAUGUAUUCGCCGAUGCCGCUGUCCAGGUCGCAAGAGUGCCUUGGCGUGUCUCGCGGAAGUCUACGCCCAGCACCUCUCGUCGUCCAACGAGCUCGAUGUCGUGGUCCGCGGCCACAUGGCAGUCCUCUUCGGCCUCAUCAUGGACCGCGCGCCCGCCAAUCAGCGCACUCUCCUCGACGCCCUCCCCGGCCAUUCCGACCGCGAGAAGCUCGGGGCGCUGCUCCAGCAUGCUCAGGACUUCACGCUGUUCUAUGUCACGCUGACACGCAAGAUGGCAGAAGCACGAACCCGCGGUGAAGACGAGGACGCCGAGGGUAUGGACCUGGGCUCGGAUAGCUCUGCACAAGCCUCAACUACACGGACGGGUGGAGUGCUAAGGGAUUCGAAGGGCGAGGCGGUGGCGAAGGGUGUAAUUUUGCUCUUAAAGAAGCUGAGAGACCAGGGUACCUGAACAGCCCGAACACGCCUUCAAGCCUUCUCGUAUACUCUGGAUUGUACACUUAAUUUUACUUGCUGUUCUGUGGUUGGA